AUGAAAAAUCGUAACACCAACUACAGCGACUUUAGUAAAACACGACACUUUCAGAAGUACACUACAGAGAAAGCGAAGCCGGAAGUGCAACGGGGACUGCCACGUGGCUGCGAGAUUGAACCGGCGGAGAUGGCGAAAAAGCGUGAACGCCGACCCGAGUCGACUCAGAGAUCCACCAUCGGCGAGUCAUCAGGAUCGAAACCUAAACCAGAUCGCAAGCUCGGAACCACCAUCGCCAAAACCUCCGUGAUAUUAUCCGUCGCUGCAUUACCUGCCAUUUUUGUAAUAGUAUACCGUAUGAUUUACAUUCUAUACUUUUCGAAUACUCCCCAAUUGACGUACGUGUACAGCCGAGGCCUCGUCAAAGAAGAAAUUAACUACCGGCAAGUUCUCGAUGAGAAUUUGAGGACUUCGGAAAACUCGAGUCGGAGGAAUUUUAACAACCCUGUUCUGGCCUACAUUACCCCAUGGAAUUCGCAAGGGUAUGACAUGGCUAAGAAGUUCACUAAUAAGUUCACUCAUCUUUCGCCUGUUUGGUAUGAACUCAAGAGCGAAGGGACAAAGCUUGUUUUGAAUGGGAGACACAAUGCGGAUAAAGGAUGGAUUUCAGAGAUCAGAAGGAAUGGAAAUUCUCAGAUUUUGCCGAGGGUAGUUUUGGAAUCAAUUCCUGUGGAUCUGCUGAAAAAGAAAAAACAAAGGGAAAGAGCCAUUAAUCUCAUCAUAGAAGAAUGCAAGGAAAUGGGAUAUGAUGGUAUCGUGCUGGAAUCAUGGUCAAGAUGGGCAUCCUAUGGAGUUUUACACGAUCCAGACAUGCGGGAUAAGGCUCUGCAAUUUAUCGUCCAGCUAGGACAAGCCAUGCAUGCCAUAAGGUUGGAGCAGAACAUAAGCCAGAGUUUGCAGUUAGUGUAUGUUAUAGGUCCACCUCGCUCAGACAAAUUUGAGGAAUAUGAUUUUGGGCCAGAUGACCUUCGGGUAUUGGGUGAUGACGUGGACGGAUUCUCUCUUAUGACUUACGACUUCUCAGGCCCUCAAAAUCCAGGCCCAAAUGCUCCUUUAAAAUGGAUCCACUCAACCUUGCAGCUUCUCCUCGAUUCCAGCAAUGGUUAUAACCCGAAAUUGGCCAAAAAGAUUUUCGUUGGCAUCAAUUUUUACGGGAACGAUUUUGUUGUCUCUGGAGGUUUAGGUGGUGGACCAAUAAUCGGAAGGGAGUAUUUGUCUUUGUUGGAGCAGCACAAGCCACAAAUGCAUUGGGAGAAGAACAGUGCCGAACAUUACUUCUUGUACAUCGAUAAUCAGAAUAUUAAACACGUAGUAUUCUACCCAUCACUGAUGUCAAUCGCAACGAGGCUUGAUGAAGCUCUUUCUUGGACAGCUGGAAUCUCAAUCUGGGAAAUCGGUCAAGGUCUCGAAUAUUUCUUCGAUAUUUUGUGAUAUACUCUCUCUUACGAAUAUCUCAGAUAACUUUUUAACAGUGCAUUGCUCAUAAAUUUAUUUUGAGUUUUCGCAGUAAAUUUAUUUUUCACUAUUUCA